AUGUCGAUAGAACCCAUAAGCGAAGGUGAUCCAGAUAUAAACAAAAGAUUGGUGAAACCUGAAGGCGAAAUUCAUCGUCACCAACAUAGAAAUGUUCAGUAUGGAAAACCGUAUUUUGCAGUGUUAUUGGCAGCCUUUUCUUCAUUGGGUGGAUGGUUUUUUGGCUAUGACCAAGGUGUUACAGGUGGUGUUGUUGUCAUGAAUUCAUUUAAAAAUGACUUCUGCGUUGGCUUAUACGGUAAUGAAAGUGUUUGUGAUCUACCCGUAGGUGCUUUGCCUUCUGAUUACAGACGAUUCUUAGUACUUUAUACACUACUGUAUAAUGUCGGAUGUUUUAUUGGUGCUGCGUUCAUUUCUUCAUUUGUAGCAGAAAAAUUUGGACGUCGAGCCAUUAUUUUCACGGCAUCGGUUUUGUUUUUAAUUGGUACAUCAAUGGUUAUUUUUUCACCAGGAGGUUCCAAAAAGAUAAUGAUUUUCAUACUUAUUGCGCGGAUUGUCGAAGGAACAGGUGUUGGUUGUUCUUCAUUUGCAUGUCCAUUAUAUGCUUCUGAAAUAGCUCCAACAAAUCUACGUGGGAUGCUUUCUGGUUUCAUGCAAAUGACUAUAGUAACUGGUUUAUUUCUUGCCAAUGUGGUAAAUUUUCUAUUGCAGCAUCAUAAAUGGGGUUGGCGAUUGUCAAAUGGAAUCAUAUUGAUCGCUCCAAUUACAAUUAUGAUCGGGAUAUUUUUUUGUCCUGAAACUCCUCGAUGGUUGUUCAAGAAAAAGAGCCGAGAGUCGGCCGAGAAAAGUCUAAAGCGCAUCCGUAAAAUAGAUGAUGUAACAGCUGAGCUAGACGCUAUUGUCGAUGCUAUACAAGAUGAAGGUAAUCAAGUUUCAAUCAAAGAACUAUUGACAACUAAGAAGAUGCUUCGAAGACUUGGUAUUGGUAUGGGCAUUCAUGUUUUAAAUCAGGGAACGGGCAUUAAUCCUAUAUUUACAUUUGGUGGUAUUAUUUAUGAAAGUGUUCUUGGAAAAGGAAUUGUAUCAUUAUUGAUUUUAUCUGGUGUAAACCUGCUAAGCACAAUACCAGCCUUGUUCUUAAUUGAUAGACUAGGUCGUCGAAAACUUCUCAUUUUUUUUGGAUUAGGUAUGGUAGUUGGACAUCUUGUGACAGCCACAGUGUUUGUUACAGGUUGUAAUGUAGUCAAAACAAUCAUCAAUAACACUACAGUGAGUGAAGAAAUUGUGAAUUGUAAAAAAAAUUCUGGUAUACUAAUGCUUGUCUUUACAGUUAUUUUUAUUUAA